GUUGUGCGUCUCGCAGUUAUAUAAUAAUAAUAAAAUAAAAAACGGAGCUUGAGAAUAGACACAACUUACGAAUUUAUCAUUCAUAUAUGUAUAAAUCGAAUUGUAAUCUGAAAUAAAUUCUAGAGACAAUAUCGAUGUAUUUUAAUGUAAUAUACGGAUCGAGAGCUCUUCAUUUCUAUAUCAUUUACAUAUCUGUGAGCGCUGGGAUUGAACAAAGGAUUCGCGUUGCAGUUUGCUGAUUCGUAUCUCUUUUAGAGAAACGGGAAUAUAGAAAGACGAUGCGGUCGCCGGCAAGGACGUCUCUGGCGAAUUUUCGGUUUAAAUUGCAGCCUUUAAUCGCAACGGGUUUCUUCAGUGAUCCUGUAUCGGGCCCUUUUGAUCAGUAUCGGGGUCCUGUACAAUUUCGCGAGGGCAUCGAGAAAGGGCGUCAAAUUCUCAGUGGACCUUCUAAGAAAUUAUUCGAGAGGAAAUUUGAGCGAGCUUUUGAAGGCGAGGCACUUACGGAACCGUGGCGUGAAGAAGUGAAGCAACGAUUACAAGAUGAGAAAAGGAAGAUUGGUGGCCGCAUGCUACCGACAUCUCCAUCAAAGAAACACUCGUCGCCCGGAGAUUGGUAUGGAUGCUUUGAUAAAUCUUCUUACUUCAGUACGGAACCGAGAGUGGAAGCGAAAAAAAAGACACCAAUUCUGCCUAAUAUGAAGAUCAAACCCAAUCCGCUUGGUGGACCGGGUUACGCGGAUAUUUGCCUCAAUCCUUAUCCGUCGUAUUCCCACGAGCCUUACGAUCCUGUCGGAGGGAUAGUUCGUAAAAAGACGGUAUCUGAAGGCCGAUUCUUGACGACGAGUGCGCCGUUGGAUUAUUUUCCCCCCAAUCCUUACGAAGAUGAGAUGCCAGGACCCACUUACGUCCGUCCGGUCGAAAUUGCAAGGAAGAAACUCGGUAUGGCGCGAUUCUACGUCCCUUUCCCCAAGAAACCUGGCGGAAGUCACGAUGGUUGCUUCAGCAAGUUUCCAGAGUACACGAACGAUCCAUAUGUUAAGGAUAAGGCUAAAGCUGCCGACAAGCUUAAGUUUAUAAGCGGCGGACCGUCCCUACGUUCGAAAUAUACAAAUAGUAUUAUCGCGCAGGUAACGAAGAUAUCGUGCAACGCCCGCAAUUAUACGAAAUAUCGAGAACGAGUGUAUCCCCUGCACUAAGAAAAUUUUUUUAAUUGCACGAAAACUCGAACUUUUCCUUCUUUUUUACAGACGAAACUUAUUUCUGCGUAAUUACAAGUUAUAUCGAACUUAAUUAAGAAUAAUUAGAUUUAAUUUAGUUUUCUUUAUAACUUUUUAUUCCUUCUUUGUU